GCCGCCGAGAUGAGCUCUGAGGUUCCCGAACCGGUGGCUUUGACAGCACCGAGUAACCCUGUGACACCUGGACCCGGGCAGGUGAGGGUGAUCGGAGCAGUGCCUGCCCGCGGAGGGAAGCGGCGCUCGGGACUGGAAUUUGAUGAUGAAGAUGGAGAAGGGCCUAGCAAAUUUUCAAGAGAGAACCACAGUGAAAUUGAAAGAAGGCGUCGAAACAAGAUGACUGCCUACAUCACAGAAUUGUCGGACAUGGUGCCAACAUGCAGUGCUUUAGCACGUAAACCUGAUAAACUGACCAUUCUACGGAUGGCUGUGUCACAUAUGAAGUCGUUAAGGGGGACAGGAAAUACUUCCACUGAUGGUGCCUAUAAGCCUUCAUUUCUAACAGAAAAGGAGUUGAAACAUUUGAUUUUGGAGGCAGCAGAUGGAUUCCUUUUUGUAGCUGCAGCUGAGACUGGAAGAAUCAUCUAUGUUUCAGACUCUGUUACACCUGUUUUAAAUCAUCCACAAUCUGAAUGGUUUGGAAGUACCUUGUAUGAUCAGGUUCAUCCGGAUGAUGUCGAGAAACUGAGAGAGCAGCUGUCUACAUCAGAAAGUUCCAUGACCGGCCGUAUACUGGAUCUCAAGACUGGGACAGUUAAAAAAGAAGGGCAACAGUCUUCAAUGAGAAUGUGCAUGGGAUCCAGACGCUCUUUUAUUUGUAGAAUGAGGUGUGGAACCGCUCCCUUGGAACAUAUCUCAUUGAGCAGGCUGACCGUUCUACGCAAGAGAUAUAGAAAUGGCUUGGGACCUGUCAAGGAAGGAGAGUCUCAGUAUUCAGUAGUGCACUGCACUGGAUACAUCAAAGCUUGGCCACCAGCAGGAAUGACCCUUCCAGAGGAGGAAUCAGAUGGUGGACAAAGCAGUAAAUUUUGCCUUGUUGCAAUUGGACGCCUUCAGGUAACCAGCUCGCCAGUGUGCAUGGAUAUGAAUGGUCUUGCCAUUCCCACUGAAUUCCUGUCGAGGCAUAAUUCGGAUGGACUCUUUACAUUUGUGGAUCAUAGAUGUAUCACAGUCAUUGGCUAUCAGCCACAGGAGCUACUGGGAAAGGAUAUUGUCGAGUUUUGCCAUCCCGAAGAUCAAAGCCACGUGCGAGACAGUUUUCAGCAGGUUGUGAAAUUGAAAGGGCAGGUGCUGUCAGUGAUGUACCGUUUCCGAACAAAAAGCAGAGAUUGGUUGUGGAUAAGGACAAGCAGUUUUACUUUUCAGAAUCCCUAUUCUGAUGAAAUUGAAUAUAUUAUCUGCACCAACACCAAUGUAAAGCAACUCCAGCAGCAGCAACAAGCUGAGCUUGAAGUGGGUUCAAGAGAAGGUCUAUCUUCCUAUGACCCUUCCCAGGUGCCCGUUGCAACUGUGUCUGCUGGUGUCCAAGAACAUGGAAAGUCAAUUGAUAAAACUGACCCACUGUUUUCUCAGGACAGAGACCCCAGAUUCACAGAUAUCUACACUGGUAUUUCUCCUGGUGAAAAGAAGACAAUGUCUACAGCAUCAUCUGCAGGAAGCCAACAGAUCUACUCACAAGGAGGUUCAUUCCAGCCUGGGCGAACAGGACAAACAUUCAGCACGUCAAUGGUACCCGGUGGAAACAUCAUUCAGCAAACAUCCUCAGCAGGCCAGAUUUUAGCCCAGAUAUCUCGUCAAUCAAAUGCGAAUCAGGUCUCUGCAACAUCCUGGACUGGGAGUCGACCACCUUUCCCGGGGCAGCAAGUAACCUCGCAAUCCAGUAAGGCUCAAUCACCACCUUUUGCCAUAGGAUCAAGUCACACGUUCCCAGCAGACCCAUCUACUUUCAGUCCCCUGUCCAGUCCUGUGUCUACAUCUUCACCAGGAGGACCUUCUUAUACCAGUCUGGCAAAUCGAUCCACUGGUUUUGCUGAGAGUGGACAGAGUAGCGGACAGUUCCAGGGAAGAUCAUCUGAAGGUUCAGCUGUAUGGUCUCAGUGGCAAGGCCAGCAUCAUAAUCAACAGGCAAGUGAACAGCAUACACAUCAACAACCAGGACAACCAGAGGUCUUUCAGGAUAUGUUGUCCAUGCUUGGAGAUCCAACACAGGGGACUGGCAAUUACAACAAUGAGGACUUUGCUGAUCUCAGCAUGUUCCCAUCAUUUUCUGAGUAAAUGGCUAAUAAGCUGGUGGUUGAUCACUGAGAGUGUUCACUCAAUCUUCAGAGGUUUAAUCUUUGGAUUAUAGAUCAUCUCACCAGCAAGUUCCAGCAUGGUCCAGAUCUCUUGAAGACUGAAGCCAGUCAAGUAUCACCACUGGAGUAUUUUCUGUCAAUUUAAAAGAGGAACGUUCCUAUUAUCUUGACAGUGUAAAUGUCAGAGAGGAAGGGAGGAACUAUCAAAAUCCUUCCCUUCUUUUCUCUUACCUUACCAAGCAGAUCAGUGUGAGUGUGCCAUUCUGUAAUAUCCUGUGCCUCACCAGGGUUUUGCAUUUUACUAUUGGCUUAGAUUGUAUUAGACUGUUUAUAAUCAGUGUUCUUCUACAUGUUCCACGUUUAUAUUCAUUAUUAAAAUUAUAAAUGUUGCAAUUUGAUGUUCAGAUUCAUGCCUUAAUAUUAAUAUCUUGUAAACACUAUUACUCGUGUAGCUUUUGCUGUGGUAUGGGCAAGUCUUCAGUGUUGUGUCUUAGUCAUUUAUAACAUGGACUAUUCUUGUAUUAGGUUUGUCAGUACCAAUAGAACCAAGAAAACAGCAGGUGUUGUUUGUAAAAAUGGAUCAAGUUAGGGAAGGCAUUGGGUCCUACAGUGCUAUACAUUGACAACAAUGGUAUAAGAUAGUGGUCCCUCUUAACCCAUCAUAUUUAAUUUGCAGAGGUUAGGUAAUUAUAAUGUAUACUAGUCCAAAAUAUGAUUUAGAAACCAAUAUGAAUUAACACAAAUAACAGCUUAAAAUGUUAAGAAACUGUCCCUUACUACACACCUAUUUGUGUCCAAAAACAUCCCAGUCCCUGAAAUGUACAUGAUUAUUAAUUUUGUGGUAUAAUUACAUCAUCACAGUUACGGGUCUGGUGUGAAGCUAACAAUACUCAAUGCUGGGUUAGAUUUCCAACCUUGUUUCAGUCUGGUAAAUCUACAGGCACUUGAAAAGAUUGUUUUAAGAACAAUGAAAAUUGUAAUUAUUGCUCAAAAACAUACAAUGACAUACCAUGAGAGUACAUCUCCUGGCUGGGCUACCUAUAAAGCCUCAGCAGCAGGUUUUAAAAUCUUUUCUCUAAUUUUGUUUAGAUAGCAUCACGGGUGUAUGAAGGUACUAUAAUUGGUUCAGUUAGAACUUUAUCAAAUUAUGUAUAGAAUAAAUUGUCAAAGAUAAAUAUCUCUGUUCAUUCGAGAUCAGCAUCAA